CGCUGCCGUUAUCGCUUGGGCUUCCUAGCGUGCUGACUGGCCGCGCUUGAGAAAAAAGUUGCCACCGGGAAGAACGACAAAACGACCACUGGGGCACUCUAUUGGGCCCUUUUGCUGCCCACCACCACCACACACACCUCAGCGCACGCUUGAUCCCCGCGCCUCUGCCCCUCAGCCGCUGAUCGCCGUGGGCCAUUGUGCCAUCUCGACCAACCGCGGCCACACCACCACCUCGUGGCAACGCGGCCGAGAGCUGCACCCUGAAAAAAAAUAAAAAUGAAAAAAAGGACCCCUCAUCCGUCGAGUCGCUCCCAACUUCCGUUUUGGGUCCGCUAGAUCGCGGUCUAGACGGCCAUAGAAGGCAGCCCCUGGGGCGUGUUUGACUUGGGACUUUGGCCAUGGACGGGAGCGAGCUCGACAGUGUAGCGGCGGCUUGGGAUAAGCCAUAAGAUCGGCGGCUGUCCCCCCCACCACCACCACACCUAUGAGGAAUCCGAUGCGAAGGGGGCCCUUGCCGAUGCCGCUGAAGACUUUUUCUGAUUGUGUUUUGGAAACACUCCCAUGCUGCCCUGGUAGGCUUGUUGCCGGAAGGCUGUCGUGCGGGCUUGUUACUACUGUAGUCGCUCUUCUAUCUCCUUCUCCUUUGCAUUGCAACUGCCUUUUCUCGAGUCGUCCGUCCGGAUUGAGUUUCACGUCUACGCCUGUAAUUGGUCGCAGCUGGUCGCUCCUUGCCGUUUUGGGGGCCCUGGCCAAGGAGUGCUCUGCUUCCAAGCACCAUAUCCCUCGGCUCCACGGCCGGCAUUGAGUCGGGGAGGCAAGCGACUGCCGGCUCCUCGCCAUGGCUACGAUUACGGCUACGGUUACGGCCAUAUCCACGGAGCCCUCGCCCGCCAGCAGUAGCAGCACCACCGGCAACACCGUCACCACCAUGGCGGCCAGCAACAACAACAACAACACCACAGACACCGACAGCCCCGUCACGGCUCUCAUGCGGACCGCACUGGACGCGCUCGGCAGCCGGUCGCGCUCAGUGGCGGCCUCGCUGCGGCUGCAGCGCGACAUCAUCGUCGACGGCUGGGCCGACCGCCUAGGCGACCUGGCCGAGCGGUACGCCGAGGACAAGCGGCAGGCCCGCGCCCACGCCCGCCGCGCCCGCCACUCGCUGGCCGACCGCCUGGGCCGCCGCGGGCGCGACCGCGAGGAGCGGGCGUUCCCGCAGUUCGCCCGCCUGCCCGCCGAGAUCCGCCUGCAGAUCUGGGAGGAGGCCCUGCCGGGCGCCAGGGCCGUCAUGCUGCGCGGGCCCUGGGGAGCCCCGGGAGGCACCCUCCGCGACGAGCUCAAGUUCGUCCUGCCGCGCUUGGUGCGCGGGGGCAGGAGAGGGAGCCUCGGCGGCGGCGGCGGCGGCCCGAGGAGUGGGGCCGAUGACGAUUUCGACAACGACGACGGCCGCCGCACCCUCGCCGGCGGCUGGACCAGCAGCACGCCGCCGCCGGCAAUGCUCCACGCCUGCAGCGAGUCCCGCGCCGUGGCGCUCCGGCGCUACUCGCUCGUAUUCGCAACCACCGACGACGACGACGACGACGACAGCGGCAGCAGCAGCAGCAGCGGGCGCAUCUACGCGGACCUAACAACCCGCGUCGACUUUGCGGCCUGGGCCGAGAGGGAGGAGGCCGGCGAGGGCCUGUCGAGGUACCACACCCGGUGGCGCGACGGCGUCAUGGCGAUCCGCCACGGGAGGAGGAAGUCGUCCGAGACGGUGGCCGAGGAUAGGGCGGCGAUGGGGUCAUGA